AUGGGGUGCAGACCGGCAUCGUCACUGCCGCCAGUGCAGCUGGGACUCGUCUUCAACGACGCAUUCACAAGCUACUCUGGCAUCGCCGUCAACUUGGCAUCCGAGUCCGUCACGGUAUGGUGCGACCGGAACUUGGUCCCCCUAGACCGCAGCUACAUCUUCUUUGACCGGGCCGUCAGCGACGAGUACGAUGGAGCCGUCGCGUUCGGUCUCAUGGCCGUGAGGCAGGGGGACAAGCCGCACCACACGCGCCUGGAGGCCAUGGGCGUGGUCCGGGCGGCGCAGGGAAAGGGUAUGGGACCCAAGGUCCUGGAGACGGUCCUGCAGAUGGAGAGGGAAAGGGGCACCGAGAUUGUCGAGCUGGAGUGCAUGCAGUCCAACACGCCGGCGCUGUCCAUGUACAGGAAGGCCGGGUUCGAGCAGGUCAGGGAGUUGGCGGGCUGGGAGGUGGAUGCGGGCGGGGAUGGAUCUGCCGAAGAACCCGAGGCUGGGAAGACCGGGACAGAAGCAGAGCUGCAGGAGGUGAGCGUCGAGCAGGUAGAUGCGCUGGUGGGGAAGCAUGGUGCCGACGACUUAGCAUGGCAGUCCGCCCUCGUGAGCAGCAUGUCCCACUCUGAACGGGCCUUCAGACCGGGUCACGCGUGGUGUGCGGUGUCUGACCCCGAAGACCAGUCCGAUAUCAGAUGA